GGCUUCGCGUAGCCAUGGUAACGUGUUCACGCAAGGUAAACUGCGUCGUUCGGCUGCGUGUCCGCAGAUUAAAGCGGGUUUUGCUUUGCUUUGCGUCAUGGACAGACCGACGUACUUCACUCCUUCUGACGUCGCUGCUCACAACACGGCGAACGACCUGUGGCUGUCGUUUCUGGGCAAAGUGUGCGACCUGACUCCUCUGAUGAGCCGCUACGAAGGAGAUGCUCUUCUCCUACCCAUCAUGGAGUUUGCAGGAAAGGACAUCAGCUCCUGGUUUGACCCUGAAACCAAAGAUGUACUGACGCAUGUGGACCCUCAGACCAACUGCGUCAGGUACUACACCCCCAGGGGGCGCUUCCUGCACGUCCCCCCUCCCGGCCCCCGCUCCGACUGGGCCAAUGACGUGGCUCAGCCCUGGUGGAGGGACGGACGCUUCCAGGUCGGACUGCUGUCGGCCAAAACCAGGCGGAUCCGCAUCAUCAACACGCUGACGUCUCAGGAGCAGCAGCUGGAGGUGUGCUCAGAGGAGACUCUGGCUGAGAUCCUCCAGCGCUACCUGCGCUUCAACUCUCACGCCGGCAGCUACACCUGGAAACACGGCGGCUGCAGCCUGGACAUGAGCAGGACGCUGAGCCAGAACCACAUCCUCGACGAUGACCCCGAGCUGGAGCGGCUGCGACUGGACCGGGACCUGUUCACGCCCGCCAUCCUCCUGUACUUCAACGACGACCUCACCGAGGGCUGACCUCUGACCUCUGACCUCCAGUGGAUCAGAUGUCCCAUUUGUUAUUGAGUGGAUUUAGUGAUGGGUGAGGCUGAAGGAUCUCUUGCUUGCAUUGUCUCUGGAUGUUGGUCAGAACAUGACUAAUAAAGACCCUGCAGAUCUGGAGAAA